AUUCAAAACAGAGAAUGAGUGCCUCUUAUCGAAUCGAUCAAGACAAUUUUCUCUCACCCACAACCACGCGGUCCCGCGAGUAUCGGAUUUUUCCAUCUCAACCAUACUCACCGCAACGAUCGCGCGCGCGCCCGCACCAAUCGUGAGUGCUUCAAACCCAUCAUGACGACGACGACGACGACAACGAAGGUUUCAAGUUCCAUCGAAAGACACCACAAUCGGAUGGCAAAAUUUAAUUCAUUUUCAACCCAUCCAGCCAAUCAGUCGUUCCGCGACAGCUAAACACUACGCAAGCAUUCGACAGCGGGUUCGUCGCCUUGUUCGUUCAGAGUGAAGUCUCUUUCUGAGGAGAAGUCGUUUUUUUUUUUCCUGUGUCGAUCGGAAGAAGUUGCUGGCAAAGGAUUUCGCAUCAAGUGUGAUAAAAGAUAAUAUAUUUUAAAAGGGGGAAAAGAGUUUUUGAAUUGGCAUCCAUCAGGAAAGCAUAACGAUCACGCAGCCAACAUUUAUGGGUCCAUAUUUUGCGUGCCCUCGGUGAUUAACGAUAAAGAAAGGUGGAAGUACUGUGUGUGUAGUGUGCGAGGGCUGCGUUUUGUGCUGUGCCAUUGUGUCCAAGUGAUCCCGUCGAGCCGUGCCGGGAGGAGAGUCACGCCGAAACAAAAGUGGAAGUGAACAAACAGAAAAAAAAAACGAGCCAACAUUAUAUAGCAUAAAUAUUAAUACACAAAACGCGCAACGACGGCUGCACGACAAAGAGCCCCCCGAGCCCAGAAAAUCGAAAAAUAAAAAGAUCGUGAAAAGUGAGAAUCCAAAAGAUUAAACUGUCCGCCGAAAAGCCUUGGCCACUAGGUUGGUCCAAAAUUCAUGGGAUCGCGAAAUCAAAAGCUUGAUGUAGUUCUAAGAGCACCUAGUAGUAGUUCAUGCAAGUUUCUUAUUACUCGGAUAAUCAAGAUAACUGGACAUAUCUGAAGUUUGUGUGGGAAAAUUCCAUGUCAUACACAGAACAGUGAAAAUUUGAAGUUGUACUAGGUAUCGCAACCAACAGAUUUUAUCCGAGUAGUAUUUUAGAAGCAUGACUUUUUCUUAAAAAUUUCUUCAGGACUUUCAAGAAAUUUUAUGAUUGCCAAUAGUUUGUUCCAAAUCUCUUAAAAUCUGUUAUCAAUAUAUUAUCGGAUUAUAACACCAUUUACCAUAAGAUAACAUUAUUUUCUUCAGCAAAGGCAUUUUCUCUCAUAAGAGCCGUGAAGGAAUUAGUUCAUGUGAAAAAUUUUCUCUUCCCAUGUGAUUUAUGAUUACUGCUACACAUACUACAGGCCGGUUAUACAAUGAAUUUGCUUAGUCCGUUAGAGCCGAAAAAACUUCAAGAAACUAUACUAAACAAUUAAACUCUUUAAAACUGCAACAAAGUUGUUGCAAGUUUCUGAAAUUUCAUAUCCCUCCCAAAAGUUUGGACCACCCUUCUGGCCACCGACGACAAUCGAUCGGGCAUCAUCGAUCCCGCGCCGACUCCCCAGAGAAGAAGGAACAAAACCCGUGUAGCGGAGCAGCGCCGUGUGAGUCGAAGUCAACGACGACGACGACGACGACGGACGACAACGACAACGGCCGAAGAAAAAGAAGCUUAUUAAUAUAUUAAUUUCGUUUUGAUUGAUAUGUUGUGUGUUGAAUGAAAACAUAAAAACGUGAAAGAAAGCAAAAGCCCCCAGAGCAAGGCAGGGCCAAGAGGGGAACACUAGGGUGUGCAGUGCGAGAGGGUGUGGUGCUGUUCGGUGUUGUGCCUCCAGUCCCAGAGUCCAAUCCAGUCCAGUCGGGAAGAUCGAUCGGAUUGAACUCGCAGGGGGUUUGUGCCGCGGGGAGAACUUUUGCGUGGUGUCCAAAAACGGUCGUGUGAGUGAGCUUCCCUUACUCUUGGGGGUUUGUUGCCGGUUAGCGGAGCCUACCCUUCCUGGAUUCGGAAAUUUGGCGUCGAGCAUCGGCUCGUCGACUUCUUCAGAGGCAUCCCCAUCAUCCUCGUGGUCGUCGUCAUCAUCGUCAUUUUCUUCUUCAUUAGCUGGGCAUCAGCUUUAUCAUCAUCAUCAUCGUCCCCGCCGUGGCCGUUGUGAAGUAGCCACCAGAAGUGGCGGCGACCGGCAUCAUGAGUGUCCAGCGAUACAAAUUAAUAUUUAUACUGAUAUUUUUCAUCCACACAUCAACCGAUGCCGCCGCCGAAGCCAGUGCCGCUGGCGAUCCUCACGCGGUAGCUGCCGCCGUUUACCAUCAUCAACCGCCGCAACAGUUCCAACAGCAGCCGCAGCCUCAGCGACAAGGUGGCCGCACUGGGCCGUCCAACUCUGGAGCAGAUAACAAAGGUCGCACACUAUUCUCACCACGCCUCGAAUAUAACGAGUGGCAUCCCGUCGGACGUGGCGAUCCUCUGAAAAACGAUCCCACCUACGACUACAGUCCUCCCGUCCUAGAGCGCGUACGAUACUGGCCAGAAAACAAAGCCAACAAGGAUAAAACCAGUGACAUCCUACUUCUCGGAGUGCCAUCGAAGAAAUCCAGUGCCAAGGUCGAACACCAGUGGCCCAAUAAUGGUCCCAUUCGACGUAACUACUAUCACCAGCAGAUCAACGAGUUACCAACAGUUUUGAUGCCCCCUCCCUUGAACAAUCACCUUCAACCCGAAGAGCAGUAUCUGUGGACACAGGCCACCACCCACCAAGCACAGCGGUAUGAAACUCCAGCGGAAGGGUUCCGGUACAGGCCUGGACCACCAGCGCAUCCUAGUCAAAGUUUCGCCAAUCAGUAUUCAGGCCAAAAAUACAACGAGCCACCCAUGCUCCACUCGACUCCAUAUCAACAGCAGCUGCAAGCUCAUCCCAGUCAACAGUACACGACCACAAUUCGCCUGACAACUCCCAACGAAUUCAGCUCCAAAAAACCUAUCCUUCACACAAUCCUGCAAAACGAGAAAGCUUUCCCCUUCACCAAGUCAUCCAUGAGCGGUGGAAUCACAGAGUACACAGCCAACUUCUACAACCCUCAGAACAUCAACGCCAUGGCUACCACAAUCAUCCAUCCUCCCCAAACCACAGAGUACCUCACGUCAGAACCAUCCCACACGAUACCGCCGGUCAGUACUGACAUCAAGGCACCUCAUGUAACACCAGCAGCGUUUGUCCCACCAAUGACUUCCACAACAACAACUUCAACGACAACACCCGCACCUGCCCAAACCACUCCCGCAGAUCCUUUCCUGGCCCACCUCCAACAGGCUCAACCUAAAGCCCCUCUCUACCUUAUCAUCGAGGGUCACUCAAAGGUCAAAACGUACGGCCUAAACAACAACGACACCCUGAUGCAACUACCGAAAAUGGUCCCCGUGGUAGGCUCGGAGGAUCCCAUCAUCCGGCACGUCGUGAACCGAGACGAAACCGGCGAUGUCGUUGGCAUCCCUCGCAUAACCAUGAACCCGGUCAUGACGUCCACGAUGUCACCGGAGGCCAUGUCCUCGUCCGAGGAGGAAACCAGCGAGGAGAAAUCCGCCGUCAAUUCCCUACUAAGUCUGCUGGGUUCUUCUUUCGGGGAUUACUUCUCGGACAAGGACGCCAACGGGAACUCGAUCGAUAGCGCGGAAAGUGGUGACAAGGACUCCAAAUCGAGGAGAAACGUGCGCAGUGCGGACGAUAGGCAACAGCUGUACGUGACGGGAUCGUAUCUGGUGGGCGAUCAUGGAAGCAGAGAAGAGUCCGGAGACUACACUGCCUAUCGGAGAGGUUCGGUGUCCGAAAGUGCCAGUUUCAAGCAGGAAGUUUAUGCGUAUUGAACGGAUGAAGAGACGAACGAAGCGAAGAAUUUCAGUUCAAAAUUUAUGUUCCAAAACAAAAUGUUGAAUAGUUUGUUGCUGUUAAGUUUGCGCAAAAUUGACAUUUCUGUUGAAAUAUGAACGCCACUGUUAUUUCGUGGUGUGAUGAUCGAUUUUCAUGACCACUCCCAUUUGUACAUAGACAACGAAUACACUAUAGAGCGUAGGAUUAGUUACUACAUGCGUAUCAAAAUAAGGGCUGACAAGGAUGUACCCCUUUUUCCAAAUCAUUGUUGAACAAAUAGAAAUUCUCGGAGCCAUUUUUCCAGAAAAAGUGUUGCAGGUUGAGAUAAUAUGAUGAUUUGAUGUAAGUGAAG